GGCUGUAAGCCUUGCAGUUUCUAAAGCCUCGCUGGCCUUCAAGCACCAAAAUUACAUGCUGCCUUGUGGCUAGCCAUGGUAUCUACCCUGGAGAAAUUCAUUCAUUCUCUGGACCCCAGAGCCCUUCCGAGGGUCCUUCAGAUUCAGUCAGGCUUCUAUUUCGAAGGUUCCAUCUAUGAAAUGUUUGGAAAUGAAUGCUGCCUGUCAACAGGAGAAGUGAUUAAAGUUAUUGGCUUCAAAAUUAAUAAGCUCAUAGCAAGUAUCUGUGAGAAUAAUGAAGACAGCCAGUUUUCUGCCAAAGUGGAAUUACCACUAAAUUUUCCUGGUCUUUAUAAGAUUGUGGCAGACAAAACACCAUAUGUCAGCGUUGAAGAAAUUACAAGAAAAGUCGCUAUUGGGCCAACAAGAUUUGGCCAUCCAUGUUUCUACAGCCCUGAGGAUAUAAAACUGGCAAACCUCACAAUCAAAAAGGGUGAGCAGAUCGCCUUCAAUUCUGUGGAAGAGAUCAGUGGAACAACGGCUGUGAGAUGUGUUAUGGUCAGAAACAACCAGUCUCAUUCCUUUAUUUUGCCCCUAUCACAAAAAGGAAAAUUCUAUGAGUGUGAAGAUGACCAGAUAUACACCCUAAAAGAGAUUGCAGAAUGGAAAAUCCCUAAGUGCAGAAGCCGGAUUGUCAAACUUUCCAGCACUUUACAUACGUGGAACUCCUCUAAUCCACUUCCUGAGAAUUUCGAUGGCUACUUGGUUCUCAUGCCUGUCUAUGAAGUGCAGGCACUAAUGAAAUUUCGUAAGGACGUAGUUCAUAUCCUCUCUGAUCUAGAUGUUGAGGUCAAGGAUAUAACAGACUGUUAUGAUACUAGCUCUUUCCUUCAGCCACUGUCUUUGGAAGAUGUAUUUGAGAGAACAAGCAAGGAAUUUCCCAUAAUUGCUGAGAUAAUGGACGGACUUUCUCAGAAACCUUAUAACUUAUUGCAUACAGGGAAAGAGAUUGUCAUCUAUAAAAAGUACCAGGCUACAAGAGUUAUAGCCUCUGAGAUCAGAAGCGAUUCCUCCAAAAGACAUUUUUUAAUCCCUAUGACCUAUAAAGGAAAGUUCAAGAGAAGACCUCGGGAGUUUCCAACUGCCUAUGACUUAGAGAUAGCAAGAAGUGAAAGGGAACACCUUCAUGUUGUAGCGACUAAAGCCUUUGAUUCUCCUCAUGCAGAGCUUUUUUCUGUUUCAGUUGGAGAUCAGUUUCUAGUUCAGCAGUGUCAGACUAGUGAAGUUCUUCAUGAGGGAAGAAAGAAAGUCAUAGAUGUUUUAGCUUGUGAACAAAUACUAAGUAAUGCAUACAAGAAAGUGCUUCUCCCUAUGUACAUGGAAGGUGGCUUUGUGGAAGUGAUUCAUGACAAAAAGCAGUACCAGCUUUCUCAGAUUUGCAAAGAAUUUCAUUUGCCUUUUAAUGUCAAAGUGUCUGUGAGGGAUCUUUCCAUGAAAGAGGAUGUCUUGGCUGCAGUGCCUGGUCUGCAGCUUGAAGAAGAAAUCACAGACUCUUAUCUGCUGAUCAGUAGUGCCAGCAGUCCAAUGGAGAGCUGGGAAAUUCCUGUGUAUCGCUUAAACGUGUUGGUUCAUUUACUCAGCAAAGAUGUCCAGACAGUUGUACCUCCCAUGACUAGGACAACAGUGGAAGAGAUCAGUGAAGAGCAAUACUAUAUGGUACGAAGAUAUGAAAACCAAACCGUACUUCCACCCCCUAGACCUCCCAAAAAGCCAGCGACACUUGCGCAACAACCUGUUUUUGCAGUUUCUGAGCAAGAUGUAUCUGACAUACUACAGGCUCCAAAGAAUUUCUGUGUAGACACCAAGAAGAAAUUGUGCUCAAAUCAAGACGCUGAUGUUUUUGUUAGUUGCCAGAAUGAUUUGGUGCAUCGUGACAAUGAGAAGGACGUGACUGGGGAAGCAACAUUAGUGGAAAACCGUGUGAUUAAAGGUCUAACAAAUAAGCCGCUUAGAAAGUGUGAAGGUGAAAAGGAACAGAAAGAAGAGCAUGACUAUGAGUAUGUGGAUGAAAAUAUAGUUGAAUACGUAAGGAAAGCAUUUCAAGAUGGCACAUUUUGCCAAUUGUAUCCUGGGCUGCAUCAGAAGAAACGUGGUCAGCAGUAUGAAGGAGGUGAUCCUGCCUCUCUGCUCUGCUCUGGUGAGACCUUGCCUGGAGUACCGCAUCCAGAUGUGGAGUCCUCAGCACAGGAGAGACAGAGAUCUGUUGGAGUGCGUCCAGAGGAGUACCACAAAAAUGAUCCAAGGGAUGGAACAACUCUCCUACGAGGACAGGCUGAGAGAGCUGGGGUUGUUCGGCGAGGAGAAGAAAAGGCUCUGGAAAGACCUGAAAAUGGCCUUUCAGUAUCAAAAGGGGGGCUGUAA